AUUGGCCGAGGAAGACUCUGUAGAGUUCGAAACGUCCCUACGUUAUUUUCUAUUCGUGAGAGAUUAAACUCUUUAUUAAUUUUGACAUCUAUUGGAUUGCUCGUUAUUGGCCUUGAAUUUUUUAUUUGUUAUAAUUGUUUAAUCCCUGAUAUCUUAACUAGUUUAAGAUACUUAUUCUAUGUAAUCUUACAGAAAAGCAAAAGUUACGUUUAUUGUCCAUAUUGUGAUAAAUUAUCACCUGGAUGGGAUAUAAAUGAAUAUAAGAAACAUCCUUAUCAUGAUGGGAACUUAAUUGAUUAUCCUGGUGUUUACAUCAAGCUAGAUUUUUUAAAAGAAGAUGAGGCUGAAGAGCUUAUGAAAGCGCUCGAUGAUCUCCCUUGGCAAGCUUCACAAAGCGGUAGAAGAAAACAGAAUUUUGGACCAAAAUGUAACUUCAAAAAGCGGAAACUGCAAUUAGGAUCAUUUAACGGUUUUCCCAAAACAACACAGUUUGUACAGAGAAAAUUUGAGGAAAUACCGUUGUUACACGGUUUUCAAACUGUUGAGCAGUGUUCGCUUGAGUAUGAUCCGGAACGAGGCGCUUCUAUCGAUCCCCACGUGGACGAUUGCUGGAUCUGGGGAGAACGUAUAGUAACCGUGAACGUUCUAGGUGAUUCUGUUUUGACCAUGACUCCUUAUCGUGGUCCAAUAACGCGAUAUAAUUUAGACUGCGUUCCAAAUUAUGAUUCCAUCCUAGAGAAAGAUAUGUAUGAUAAUACACGAUCUGUAGAUAUCGAUAACAACGUGGUAAUACGAUUGCCGAUGCCUGCAAGAUCACUCAUGGUCUUAUAUGGCCCAGCAAGAUACAAAUGGGAACACUCUGUGUUUCGACAGGACGUCACAUCGAGACGCGUUUGCCUUGCCUAUCGCGAACUAACACCUCCGUACCUCGAAAAUGGAGAACAUCAAGAAGAAGCUUCUGAGAUUUUGAGGACAUGUCCGGUGCCACUAUAUCUCAACGGAUUUUUCUACAGUUUUUUAUUCACGGAACGGUCAGUUAUCUCACCCUGGACUGCAUAAAAUCGAUCGCGAACUUGGUUUCCUCGUUCUUUCCGUAUUGGUGCAUC